GGUACCGACCCGGUCCAGACUGGAGGCCUGGCGCGGGAGCCCGUCGCGCCGAGCAGGACCCGGACCAGGCCAGGAUUUCAGCACAGCUUGUCCUGUGGAGCCUGGCCAGUGUCAGUGAUGGCAAGGCUUCCAAGUGCUGCACCGCGUACCCUGUGGAUCCUUUUCUUUUCAUAUACAACAAAUGAAGUCAUGGCUGCAGGACAUGUGCAGGAAUUUGCGUGCUUCACAGACUAUGACAAAGAGCUGGUUUGUCACUGGAAGGUGCCUGCACACAUGAAUUGCUCCAAAGAAUUCCUCCUCUACUACAGGAAAGAAUUUUUUUCUCUGCCAAACAGUGUGUGUGUCCCCAAGAAUGGAAAAGAGAGUUUAAGGUGCACUUGCACAAUAUGUCCGGAUUAUUUUGUAUCAGGUCUCACAUAUGUUCUAGCUCUACAGUACAAUGGGACUGAUAUGUGGAAUUACAGUGUUACACCAGCCCUGGUUGUUAAGCCAAGAGCCCCCCAAAACCUUGCCAUUGAGAAAGCUGAAAAUGGUAAUUUCAAUCUGAGCUGGGAGGAGAGCUACUCUCCUCCAUCCAUGCUCUCUGGACAGCCAGUCAUCCAUGAAGUGAAAUACUGGAGGAAACGGCACCCAACAGAGGUUUUUGUAAAAGCAAUUAACUACCAGGCAAAAAGCUUUGAAAUCACUGCAAGCUCCUUGAGGAGAGGCUAUGAUUACGUUGCAAGUGUGAGGUGUAACUAUACAGACUACCCGGCCUACUGGAGUGAAUGGAGUGAAGAAGUUGAAUUUUACUAUGAAUACCGAGUGACAGCUGAAGACAUUCUGCAGAUGGCUGUUCCUGUGUCCUGCGUUCUGAUCGUGGCACUAUCUGUCGUUUGUUACUUCUGUUUUACCAGAGUGAAGAAAGAAUGGUGGGAUCAAAUCCCAAAUCCAGCAAAGAGCCAUUUGGUCGUAAAAAAUGUCAAGUUUCCAGUUUUGUGCUACAUUGAUGAAAUUAAGCUCCCUUUCCACGACUUAAAACAGGAUCAUAUGGAAAAGGAAAUAAGUUGCAAGAACUGUCUGGCUCAAAUCUUGUCAAGCCAAAGCUUCAAGGGAAAUCAUAACACCAGAAAUAUUGAGAAAUCUUGCAGUUGCCACAACAAGUCUGGAGAGUGGUUUCUGAAAGGCAGCAGCGCAGUUUUAACCCCUGAGACAAUUCUGGUUGAAGAGCCGAGAGAAAUCUGUGAACGCUUAACAGACAUUGAGGCUGAGCACCAGGAAGAAACUAGAGACCAUAUCGCUGUGUUUGAGCCUUCCGAGAGCAGUGUCAGUGCUUUCAGAGAGCACACUGAACACGAUGUGCUUGCUAGCAUGUUUAUUAAGCUCCUGGCAGAUGAAAAUAUGCAAGACCAUAAAGACCCAGACAUCAUCAUGGGUGAGAACAAAACCUUUGAGAAACCUGAGUCAGAAAAUCCCUCGCAGCAAAAUACAAAUGAAAGCACAGCCCAGAGUCAGCAGCUGUGUGAUGUUUCCCUUUUCACCAGAGCUUCUCAAGAUGACUACAAUUGUAGUACAGCCAGCAAGAAGUCAGAACAAUCCGAAGAAUCUGGCUAUCACAGCUCCAGCAUUAAUUCUGCUGCUCUGGAUGCAAGAAAACUUCAACAUAUGGUUCAUCAAAGCCGUUUUCCAUGCAGUUCUGAAAGUCAGCAUGAUUCGUGUGUCCUGAUCCAGGAAUCUCCAAAUAAACCAUCAUUUGGGACCAAAAAAGACAGAGUAAGCAACUCUGCAUGCGAGAGUUUUGAUACCCUUACAUCUCCAUCCAUGGGGCUGUGUAGCUCUGCAUAUAAGAGCUUUGACAGCCUUAUGUCUCCAUCCAUGGAGCCCUGUGGCUCUGCCUACAAGAGCUUUGACAGCCUUAUGUCUCCAUCCAUGGAGCCCUGUGGCUCUGCCUACAAGAGCUUUGACACCCUUACGUCUCCAUCCAUGGAGCCCUGUGGCUCUGCCUACAAGAGCUUUGACACCCUUAUGUCUCAGUCUGUGGCUGACAGUAGCCUGACUCUAUACUUUGAAAAUGUGUGCUCCUCGCCACCUUUAACACGGUUUUCAGACACACCAGAACUGAGCUGCAGAGAUCAAAUUUAUCAGCCCCCUCGCAAUCAGACAUGUUAUACCAACUACAGAUCUCGCUGCACUGAGCUUGAUGUUUGCAGCACCUCUUCAGAACAUAGUGAUUUUCCAUCUUUCCCCACACAUGCAAAUGACAGUGCUUCAGCUUUCCUGCCAGAAGAAGAAAUACAUAACCAAGUAACAUACCAAACUGUUCAAAAGAAAGCCAAUGUUAUUUCUUGCCUCACUGGACCUCAGCCAUCUGGUUAUCAACCUUUUGAUAAUGUAGUUAAGUGUAAUGGUACAUACCAUAACAAUGACAGUGAGGUUAUCUCCAGGUCACGGUGCAAAUCCUUCACUCAUCUUUUGUACAACAACCUGAGAGGAACACCUCCAGAAACGAUGAUCUGUGAACCUGACCUGAGGAUGGAUGACCACAUAUGUUUGAUUGCGCAGGGUUUUGAUGGCAGAAUUGUCCCAGAUUUAGUCUUUAGUGAGGAUGUUGCACAGACCGGUGGUGGCAGCCUUUGGAUCAUGAACUCUCAUGAGCUGUCUGGUCAUAGCAAAGAUGAAAAUACCAGCAGAGAAGAGCUGAUGUUGCAUGUGUUAGAGCCGAACUGUCAAGAUUUUAACAGCAGAGAGAGAACUACAAAGGGGACAAAGCCUAACAGCUUUAAGUGUACUGGUAAAGGAAUGCAGGAGAGCAGCAGUAACAGACUGAAUACUGCCUUCUGCUGCCACAUGCACAGCCACUUGAGGAAACAUGGCAAUGCAGGGGAAAAUCAGGAGGUGAUGGAGCCCGCAGUAGGCAGGGGGUGCAGCUCUGCAGCUGCUUUACCAAAAAAAUCACUGGCCAGCACUGGGCUAAACUUGGAAAGAAAAACUGCAGAGCCCCAAGAGCUCCUGGUCUCAGACAAGCUGAUGCCUCCUCUUUCCGUGGAUAACUCCUGUCCCGCUGAUUCUCACACCGUUCACGGUGAGGCUUCCAGACUGGCGCCUGCAGUUCAAAAAAGACCAGUAGAGCUUUUAAGGGAAAACAGGGAGAAUGAAAGAAAAACGAAUUGUGUACAAGGCCUUGUCCAGGAGGACAACUGCUACAUGAAGGUUGCCUAGCCAUGUGCCAGGGCUGCACCAAACCAGUCCUUGGAAACAAACUGUAUCGCAGAUUGAAAUGUUGCUUGUUCUUCCAAUCUUGACUGAAGUGAGGGCUGCUGCAGCUCAAACAAGGAUUCAGUUGGGAUGCGAUAUUCGUGCCCUGCUGCGGGGCUGGCAACCAGUAUGUGAUGCAGGCCCCUGGGGACAGUAGGGGUUGGUACCUAACAAUUGCAGCUACAGAUCGGUCAGGGUUGCAAAGCCAGAGCUAAAGCUUCUCUGGCCUUGACUGUUCUCUAAAGUCAGAAGCAGCUGCAUAAUGUAGGAGUUCUUGGUUCAGCUCCUGCGGUUAUGCCCUAGCUCUGUGUUACUUGGGAAGAACACAGAGGUGAUGCAGCAGAUGCUGACACACUUGGAAGUAGGAUGUAGGUGCACAUCAAAGGGAAGCUUCCAUAACUUAUUUGUUGGGGUGAAGGGAGGAGGGAGGUCCUGUGUGCCUAGCCCCAGCAUGGGAUAUUGUUUCUACACAUGCUCAGUCAAGACCCAAAAUAAAGAUUCCUGUUAUUUGAGCUUA